GCCGCGUCGGACAAGAUGAGCCUGACCAUUGUUCUCAGAAAGAGGCCACACCACACGUGUUUGACUGUGGUUGACAAUCAGAUAUAAAUACAUGCGGACCAGUUGAGCAUCUUCUCCAACAUCCACUCCGUCCUCACCUCACUAUCUGCUCAGUCUCUCGCUCAAAGUGCCAACACUGAAGAAUUCAAUCGAUCAAUGUCGAAUACCAAGAACUUCAACAGGCCACAGGCCACAACGGACAUCGACUCCAAGUUAGGCGUUUUGCAAUACGUCGAACGCGACAUCGACAGCGAUGCCGACGAGGAAUUCGAUGAAAUGCUUGUAGGCGACAUAAUGAGACUGGAACGUUAUGGAAUCAAGCCCAUGGAGACACCCCAUGAGCUUCUGAUUUAUAUUGUCGCGCGCGAUCGCAGUUUAAACCGGGCCUACGAAGAUCACAAAGCAGCCGAGAACCUAGUCAAUAAAUAUCCUGCCCUAGUGCCGUUACUUAGAGAAGCAUGCGAGACGAAAAGCUUCGCUAAGGUGCGAUCUCUCGCUAUACUUCAACCAAAGCCUCGAGAUGUCGAGGAACUUUGGAAGACAUCGAAUAUUUCAAGAAUUCCCUCCGAGUUUGGUAUCAUAACCCGCGAUGAACACGCCUCACUCGACAAAGAGGUAUCUGCAAUGAACAUAGGGCCUGAUUCUGCAGGGUUCUUGUACCUCAUCAUCCUCACAGCUCGGCGUCGUGGGUUGAACUUGAAGCCGAUGGACUAUAAUCGGGCUCGAGCUUACCUGCAGUCGCAUCCCGAACUUGCAACGAUUAUAGCAGAAUUGCGGAGAGCUCCAAAAUCGUCACGAUCUUUCGCGUCCCUGAGACUCAUAUAUGACUUCUGGCUCACCGGCCCAGGGAGAAGAUGAGCGAGCAGUUCUUUUUAUUUUAUUUUCUGUUCUUUCUUUGUGAAGGAAGGUAUGUGGCAUACAUACCGGAAACGGGGGCUUAUGCCGACUUGUAUGGAAACAAAUAUGCACAAAGCAAACGCAUCGUUGUUUGCGCCACUUUCUGCUCGAUGCCCAACAGUACUUAUAUAUGCCAAAUGUGUUUUCUGCGCCCUUCAUAUUUCUUGCGACGAAUUUUAUAUUUAAGGAGCGGGAAAACAUAUUAUAUCCCGCUUUAUUGUCAGCGCAAUACCAUCAGACAUCUAAGUAGCUGUCGCCCAUGUCUUGUAGGUAUGUUAUGCAUAUAUAGAUUCUCCCCUCAGAAGGACUAUGUAUCGGCUAACUAAUGGGAGCGAUUGUAUGGUUUUAG